GCAUUAGUAAUAUUUAAUUUCAUCACUGUUGUAAUUUAUUUGGCAUUAGUUGUAAGAGUGCCAUUUUUUCUGAUCCACAAAGGUUAUUCUGGGAAUCAUGUUCCCUCCUCUGAUUAUGCUCCUGGACUUCCGUGUCGGCGAUGACACGUCUUACCAAGCCCCGGUCGUAGGAGAAGCCGGGAAGGACAAGGACGAUGACAACAAGUCCAGACAGGACGCCAACAAUGACACCAUGUCUCGGAAAGGAGAUGAAGAAGAGGGAAGCACUCACGUCCGCAAGAUCCCCAUCGGAAAACGCUACUUUGAGUUCUACGACGCGCCCUUCACCAAGUUCUGGUUCAACACGAUCGCCUAUCUGGUGUACCUGAUGCUGUACAACUACAUCAUCCUGGUGAAGAUGGAGAGAUGGCCCUCUCUGCAAGAGUGGAUCGUCAUCUCUUACAUCCUCACACUGGGCACCGAGAAAGUCCGGCAGAUCCUGAUGUCAGAGCCGGGGAAGCUGAAGCAGAAGAUCAAUGUUUGGCUUGAGGAGUACUGGAACAUCACGGACCUGGCAGCCAUCAUUACCUUCCUGAUGGGCCUCAUGCUCAGGCUACAGCACGAGCCGUACCUGGGCUACGGCCGGGUCAUCUACUGCAUCGACAUCAUCUUCUGGUACAUCCGCGUGCUCGACAUCUUUGGCGUCAACAAAUACCUGGGCCCUUACGUCAUGAUGAUAGGAAAAAUGAUGAUUGACAUGAUGUACUUCGUGGUGAUCAUGCUGGUGGUGCUGAUGAGCUUCGGCGUGUCGCGGCAGGCGAUCCUCCACCCCGACGAGGAGCCCACCUGGAGGCUGGCCAGGAACAUCUUCUACAUGCCCUACUGGAUGAUUUAUGGGGAGGUUUUUGCGGACUCGAUAGACCGUAAGACUAGAAUUCAUAUCUACGCUAUGGAAAUCAAUCCACCCUGUGGUGAACACUUGUACGAUGAGGACGGUAAGAAGCUCCCACCGUGCAUCCCUGGUGCCUGGCUCACCCCUGCCCUCAUGGCAGGAUACCUCUUGGUCGCCAAUAUCCUUCUGGUCAACCUGCUCAUCGCUGUCUUCAACAACACUUUUAUGGAGGUGAAGUCCAUCUCCAACCAGGUGUGGAAGUUUCAGAGAUAUCAGCUGAUCAUGACCUUCCAUGACCGGCCCAUCCUGCCCCCUCCACUCAUCAUCUUCAGCCACCUCUACAUCGUCUUCAACAGGCUGUUCCGACGAUGUGCCAAGAAGAAGGUGGAGGGGGAGCUGGACGAGAAGGACAGAGGACUCAAGCUCAGGCUGAACCCAGAGGAGCUUAAAAGUCUGUACGAGUUCGAGGAACAGUGUGUGGAGGAAUAUUUCCGUGAGAAGGAAGAUGAGCAGCAGUCCUCCAGCGAUGAGCGCAUUAAGGUUACCUCCAAUCGAGUUGAGAACAUGUCCAUGCGUCUGGAGGAGGUGAACGAGAGGGAGAACACCAUGAAGGCCACCCUGCAGACGGUGGAUCUGCGCCUGGCCCAACUCGAGGAGAUUCACGGGCGAAUGGCGACGGCCCUGGAGAAGCUGGCAGGCGUGGACCGAGGGGAACUGACUCGCACGUACUCCCGCAACUCCUCGGUGGGAGACCCCUCCUCCCUGAUGCGCCAGAGUAGCAUCAACAGCGCAGACGGCUACAGCCUCUACCGCUUCCACAUGGACCUGGAGGAGACGGCGGCCAAGCAGAAGGAAGCAGAGGAGGUGGGGAAGACAGGACUGGAGAGGCAGAGGAGCCUGCGACAGUCAGCCAGCUCCAUCAGCCCCAAAGAGUACGGCCCCACGUUGGACGUCAGCGGGCCAGAGAGGGUUCGAACAAGCUCCUGUGUGGAUAUCCUCAUAUCACCGUGUGAGCUAAAGUCCUCAUCCCGAGAAGGAAGUCAAGAAAAUGUCGCCCACAGUUCGUCUGAUUUGACACCAGAUGCUAGCUACCCACUGGCCAAAUCACUGCCCAAACUGCGUCCAGAGAUGGAUAAACUUAAAAUUGUCCCGACCAGUGCCAAAAGGGCCAAAUCCUUAAGACAAUAUCCCUCUGAAGAACAGAGAACAGGUCCCAAGAGGGCUAUGAGUAUAGUAAACAUUGUCCCAGAUACGACAGAAUCAGAGCAAGACGCUCAAACUACACAGAAGGCACAACCCUGGCAACCCACCUCUACUUCACCGCAGAGGACUAAAUCAUUGAGAUUUUUGCCAAGGGAAAGCCCACGGAAGUCAAUUAGAACAAGGAGGGCUUCGAGCGGCUUGGUCCUUAUCCAGGGGGGCGAGGGUCAUGAGUUACUGCAACCGUUGGACACCAAAUCGCUGGUGGAACGGUUUACGGAAGAUGUCCAACUGCAGCCGGUUAACAGCUUGCUUGCGGUCAACACCCUCAGUCUCUCUGAGCAUAUACCCCCAAUGGUCCCGACUCCGGCCCAGAAGCUUGACGUUCCCCAGGCGCUUGAAGAAAGCGCAGCCGGACCGGACCAGGAGCCUCCUAGUGACGGGACACCUUCAGACAUAGCAGGGUCCGCUACACAAACCAAUCUGUGUGGAAAGGAACCGCCUCCCAGUCUGAGGGUAGCCAAUGAGGCGGUGGUGUCAUCCCAACGGUCAUGGAGCUGGAAUACAGGUGACAUGGAGGCCAGGGGCUUGACUGUGCCCUUCAAGUCAAGAGUCUCGAGCAGUCUGACGGACAUUGCUGGGGCAUCUCUUGUUCUGACUGAUACUCUGCAACGUGGAGAAGGAGAGGGAGAACUACUGAAGAGUGCAGAUGAGCACGUGGUGGAAGACGGAGCUGAUAAGGUGGAGGCCUCUGGAUCAAUGGAGGUCAAAAGUGGCGACACAGAAAGCCAGGAGAAUAAAGAACCGGAGGGGGUGGAACCGGAGCAAAGAGCCACCGAGUGAAAGUCACACCGAAACAAGGCAGCAGGAAGCAGUAUGACAAUCAAAGAAACAAGACUUUUAAUUAACAAUCAACACCACAGCUCAGUCAGUAUCAUUAAUAGGUUAUUGCAAAAUGAAAUACCACGCUUGUUAAAAGUCACAUUUAACAUCUUUACUGAAACAUUUUAGUGUGAAAUUUCGACCAUUACAGUUGUGCAAAGUACUUUGAUGUGAAUGUUGGCAAUUUAAGUUAAAUGUAUGAAUGUAUACUAUACAAGUUGAAGUUAAAAUAAAAUAAAUAAUGCG